CGUCCGCCAUAACCAAGAAUCCGUGAUGCAGGUGUUAUUAGACAAUGGCAUUGACGUGAACAUGAUUCCAUAUUCAGGGCUACAUGCCCUUGAUAUUGCAGCGGCACAAGGCCAUGAACAAAUGGUUCGCUCUCACGUGCAUCUGAGCGAGGGCCCUGAUUUGUCGCCCAUCGAGCAUGCCACUGCAAAUGGGCACCAAAGAAUAGUUGGGUUACUACUCCAACUUGGUGCGAACGUUGACAAUGCAGUUAUUUCGUCUACCAGAAGUGGCCAGGCUUUGACACUACCGACGGAAGUCCCAGGAAACAGCAACCCGUUGUACAUUUUCUGGGCUUGAAGUAUGUCCAGGUGGACAAUCUCACGGGUGACAUAUUAACGGGUCUUCGUCCAUUUUAGAUGGACGGUCGAGUUUUGCCGAGGCUGGGCUUGAUGUUGUUGAUGUUAUUGUGAAGAGACCUGAUGGUGGGGGUUCGUGCUAUGCUUUCCGUGGGAACAAGUAUGCUAGGAUCAAGGUUGAUAGUCCCCGUAAGGAUACACUCAGGUUGUCGGCUAGACUACUUCUGGG